AAGGACAGCGACGACGAGGACGAGGUCGUCCACGUCGACCGCGACCACUUCAUGGACGAGUUCUUCGAGCAGGUGGAGGAGAUCCGGGGCUGCAUCGAGAAGCUCUCGGAGGACGUGGAGCAGGUGAAGAAGCAGCACAGCGCCAUCCUGGCCGCCCCCAACCCCGACGAGAAGACCAAGCAGGAGCUGGAGGACCUCACGGCCGACAUCAAGAAGACGGCCAACAAGGUGCGCUCCAAGUUGAAAGCCAUCGAGCAGAGCAUCGAGCAGGAGGAAGGGCUGAACCGCUCCUCGGCCGACCUGCGCAUCCGAAAGCCCCAGCACUCGACGCUGUCCCGCAAGUUCGUGGAGGUGAUGACGGAGUACAACGCCACCCAGUCCAAGUACCGCGACCGCUGCAAGGACAGGAUCCAGCGGCAGCUGGAGAUCACCGGCCGGACUACCACCAAUGAGGAGCUGGAGGACAUGCUGGAGAGCGGGAAGCUGGCCAUCUUCACCGAUGACAUCAAGAUGGACUCGCAGAUGACGAAACAGGCCCUGAACGAGAUCGAGACGCGGCACAACGAGAUCAUCAAGCUGGAAACGAGCAUCCGGGAGCUGCACGACAUGUUUGUGGACAUGGCGAUGCUGGUAGAGAGCCAGGGCGAGAUGAUCGACCGCAUCGAGUACAACGUGGAGCACUCGGUGGACUACGUGGAACGGGCCGUGUCGGACACCAAGAAGGCCGUCAAGUACCAGAGCAAGGCGCGGAGGAAGAAAAUCAUGAUCAUCAUCUGUUGCGUGGUGCUCGGGGUGGUCUUGGCCUCCUCCAUCGGGGGCACGUUGGGCUUGUAG